UGUACACCGUAGCAAGGUACAAGCGAUAACGUUUAAAGGUCGAAUUACACGCGCCUUCCUAAUAGAGCUUUUAAAACUCAAAUAACGAUUUCAACAUAUUUUGCAACCUUUCCUGAAUACUACGUAUCAAGUUUGUAAAUUUCAUUAUUUCGCUCCACCCUAUGGAGUAUGAGAGCUACUCGACUCAUCAGUAAGCACUUCAUCAACAGCCUUCUUCCUCGACUCGCAUCUACGAGUUGUGGAUCUGCCUCUCGUUUACAGUUUACUCGAUGCUGCGAUCUCGACCUGCCAGCCAAAUCUGCCAAGCUUAUCAUUCACGCUGGGCCGGGCUCUGUACUUCAAGAAGUGAGGUCUCUGUUUUAUCUCUGCUUGACGACGACGUAGAUGAGGAAACUGAAGUAAAGAUUGUUGCUAACUUAGCCUAAGAAAGUCCAUCAGCCCACGGUGAACGCUACAUCCCAUUGAAAGAACUUUCUGGCCAACUUUAUGUACUAGCGAUGGAGAUGAUGAGUUCAGGAACUAUCAGAUAUCGAGGAAGAGGUUUCCACCUGAGUUCAAAUUCGGUGUAGCAACAUGUGCUUAUCAGGUAGAAGGUGCUUGGAAUGAGGAUGGCAAAGGCGAAAAUAUAUGGGACACAAUGACCCACACGCGUCCCGAAAUGAUCAUAGAUCGCAGCAAUGGUGAUGUAGCUUCAGAUUCCUACCACAAAUAUAAACAUGAUGUUGCUAUAAUGAAAAAAGUAGGAGUACAUUUUUACAGGUUCUCAAUCGCAUGGUCCCGAAUUUUGCCUGACGGUACCUUGGCCAAUAUAAACCAGAAGGGUAUCGACUAUUACAUGAAUCUUUUACAAGAGCUUCACCGUAAUGGUAUCGAACCAAUGGUCACAAUUUACCAUUGGGAUCUUCCGACUGCACUCCAGAAUCAAGGCGGUUGGAUGAACAACAACAUCGUAGGGUGGUUCACGGACUAUGCGCGAUUGUGUUUCCAACUUUUUGGACCACUAGUGAAGCACUGGGCCACAAUCAACGAACCUAAACAGAUCUGUCAUGCUGGAUAUGGAAUUGGCAUUGGAGCACCAGGCAUUACAUCUGGAGGAUUAGGAGAGUAUCUUUGCGCAAAAUAUGUACUUCUAGCCCACGCUUCUGCUUAUCAUGUAUAUGAUAAGGAAUUUAGACCAUCGCAACAAGGUAAGAUCACAAUUGUGCUGGAUUCUGAUUGGUACGAACCUGGAACUCCUGCAGAUGAAGCCGCCGCGGAAGUUAGAAGGCAAUUUGUGUACGGCAUGUACGCCAAUCCCAUCAUAUACGGUAACUGGCCUCAAGUGAUGAUUGAUCGAGUUGCAAUCCGUAGUCAACUGGAACAUUUCAAUCGCUCCAGAUUACCAGACUUCUCACCAUAUCAGCAGCGUUUGUUAAAGGGUACCUUUGAUUACCUUUCCAUCAACCACUACACUACUUACAUGGUGAGUGCCAUCCCUGAGCCUCCAGUUGGUCACGCAAGUUGGGAUCUUGAUGCAGGCGUACGACUAUGGCAGAAGCCGGAAUGGGAAACUGCAGCCAUUGAUUGGUUUAAGGUUGUACCGUGGGGAUUCCAUAAACUAUUAAGAUGGAUGAGGACAACUUAUGGUGACCAUGAAAUCUACGUAACUGAAAAUGGAGUUUCAGAUAGAACCGGGGAACUGGAUGAUUUUGACAGAAUCUCCUACUAUAGGAGGUACAUGAGCCACAUGUUGGAUUGCAUUAACGAAGGAAUCCGGAUUAUUGGGUACACAGCUUGGAGUAUCAUUGAUAAUUACGAAUGGAACAUGGGAUAUGUGGCACAUUCAGGAAUGUAUUACAUCAAUAUGACAGAUCCUGCAAGACGAAGGAUACCUAGAAAGUCAUCUUACUAUUACAACCAUAUUAUUAAGACUCGUUGUUUACUUUCCCAGUGUGAUGAUUAAAAAUGAUUGUGAUCUUUUUGGAUAUUCCAAAAUUGAAUAAAGCAAAAAUAAACAUA